UUUCAGAGAGAAAAUGAAAAGUUGGAGAGUAAAAGUACUACAUCUUAUUAUUGUGAUACUUAGUUUAUGUGCUACAAAAAAUGAAGCUUAUAAUCAGCUAGAUUACAACUAUUAUGAAACUACAUGUCCGUUUUUAGAAGACAUUGUUAGAAAAGAGAUGCUAAGCAUCAUUGCAACUGAUGUUUCUUCUCCUGCUGCCUUUCUUCGCCUUUUGUUUCAUGACUGCCAGGUUCAGGGAUGUGAUGCAUCAAUUCUACUGAAUUCAAAAGACUCGGAAAUGAAAUGUUCCAAGAACUUCGGGAUCAGAAAAUUUGAAGCGAUUGGUAAACUAAAAUUCGUCUUGGAAGCCGCAUGUCCAAGGCAAGUAUCUUGUGCAGAUAUAAUUGCUCUAGCAGCAAGGGACUCGGUCGCGCUAUCGGGUGGACCUUCAAUACAAAUUCCACUUGGACGAAAGGACUCUAGGACUUGUAGCACCAAACAAGCUGAUGUUCAUCUUCCUUCGACCAGCAUCGACGUCGAUCAAUUACUCCAGAUUUUCAUGAGCAAAGGAAUGAAUCUACGAGAGUCUGUGGCAAUUCUAGGUGGACAUACACUAGGAGGAGGGCAUUGCAUAAACAUUGUGGACAGACUAUACAAGCCAAAUCCAAGAGAUGAAAUGGAUCCCAAUUUUCAACUAGCAUUAAAACUUGGUUGCCCUACUAAAAUUCCUAUGACAAACUUUACAGUAAUACCAAAUGAUAUAACACCAACAAUAUUUGAUAACCAAUAUUAUAGGGAUAUUAUUAUGGGCAAAGGCUUGUUUAGCAUCGACUCCACCAUUUCAAGGGAUCCUCGCACCAUGAAUAUUGUCAAUCAAUUUGCUGAUGAUCAAGAGUUGUUUUUCCAAGCUUUUUCUUCUGCUUUUGUUAAGCUUUCUUCAGCUAAUGUUCUUACUGGGAACAUGGGUGAAGUUAGGUUACAAUGUGAUCAAGUAAAUCGAUGACAUUAUUAUUAAUAAUCUUCGUAUUUUAAAUCUUUCUAUGUCUCUUAUAUGUUUAUAAUUAUGUUUAUAUUAUAUAUGUAUAUGAGUUUCAUAUGAAUUAGA